ACACUCACAGAUGUUGCAGAAAAUAGCGCUAGUGUCCAGUAAAGGAGUAAACUUCUUUAACUGAAGUGUCGAUGUUUAUGGCCCGGGUCCAUGGGUUAUUUCUGUAUCGUUAAAUCACAGGCGUUAGAUUGCACGUCCUGUUAAUGGAGAUGAUGCUUCAAACUUUUGCCACCCCGCGGGGAACGACGUGAACUACAGCGGCGGCUCAAAGCCCGGAUGGAGCAGCCAUUGGGGAAGUGUACGGGGCUUUAACGUAACUGAGGAGGGCUCUGUGUCUCUGUGGAAUAUAUAUAUAAAAAAUAGGACAAAGUAAAAGGCGACCGAAGAUAGAAAUACUCAACAUCCGAACGGGCAACUCAGCGACACAUACCGUGAAACUGAAGGCCUGUACAAGGACUUGAUUGCUGUCGGACACAGUAUCUUGAAGUGUGGAAGUUGGGAUACGUCCACACGGCGGAAAAUCUACAGCUGAGCCUGAGCUAGCCACGGAGCUAACUGCAACUGGGCUGUGAACUUGCUCUCAAAUCACGGGGGUUGAAACUCAGUCACAAGCUCAGGCUCUGUGCGAAUCCAGGGACUUGCUUAAUGAAUUAUGUCUGCCACAAGCAUCGACCCUCAGAGAUCAAAGGGACAAGCAUCUAAAGUGCAAAAUGGUUCACUGCAUCAGAAGGAGACUGUCCAUGACAAUGACUUUGAGCCAUACCUCACUAGUCAAUCAACUCAGAACAACAGCUACCAGUCUAUCACCGACCCCUACCUGUCCAGCUACUACGCUCCAUCCAUUGGCUUUCCAUACCCCCUCAGUGAGGCUCCCUGGUCCACAGGUGGAGACCCCCCUAUUCCAUACCUCACCCCGUAUGGACCCUUGAGUAAUGGAGACCAUCACUUCAUGCCGGACACGGUGUUUGGCCAGCCGGGGGGCCUGGGAAGCAGUAUCUACCCCCACAGGUUUAACUUUUUCCCUGAAAACCCUGCCUUCUCUGCUUGGGGCACGAGCGGUUCCCAGGGCCAGCAGACUCAAAGUUCAGCCUACGGUGGCAGCUAUAGCUAUCCCCCCAGCUCCUUGGGGGGUACUCUGGUGCCUGAUGGUCAGACGGGCUUUCACAGUGACACCCUGAACAAAGCCCCUGGUAUGAACAGCCUUGAGCAGGGUAUGGUUGGUUUGAAGAUCAGUGGGGAUGUCACUGGUCAGGGCUCUGGAGUCAAAGCGGUGGGAUCUGUGAUUGGUGGACCUGCAGUGGCGGCGACAGGAAAUGGAGCGACCCCUAUUGGAAUGCCUCCGCAAAAACCCACCUCCUGGGCGGCCAUUGCCAGCAAGCCUGCCAAACCACAGCAGCUGAAACCUAAGGUGAAGCCGGGAAUGCCCAAUCCGGGAGGAGCUCUCCCCCCGCCGCCCAUCAAACAUAACAUGAACAUUGGGACCUGGGAUAAGGGCCCAGUGACUAAAGUAGCCACAGCUCCACUGCAGCAGCAGCCGCAGCAGCCGCUUGGCCUGCCUCACGGCAUGCCACCUCAAGGCCCCAUGCAGCAAGGACCCAUGCAGCCCCCUCCUCACCAGUCAUUGGUGCAACCCCAGAUGCAGCCCAUGGCCUUACAGCCCCAGCACCCCCAUCACCAGCACCAUCAGCCUCCGCCCCAGCCCUAUCAAAACCACACCCAGCCCCCACAACCCCAGACCCGCUGGAUUGCCCCACGCAACCGCAACCAAGGCUAUGGACAGGGCGGGCCUGGCCAUGACGGUAGUGGUGUCAUGGGUGUGGUUGGUAGUGGGACCAACGGCCCCCAAACGUCUGCAAGUCAGGGACCUGGUGCAGAGUCCCACCCAGUGCUGGAAAAGCUGCGUGCCUCCCAUAGCUACAACCCCAAGGACUUUGAAUGGAACCUGAAGAACGGUCGCGUUUUCAUCAUUAAGAGCUACUCUGAGGACGAUAUUCAUCGGUCCAUCAAGUACUCCAUCUGGUGCAGCACGGAGCAUGGCAACAAGCGGCUGGACUCAGCCUUCCGGGCCAUGAAUGGUAAAGGUCCCGUGUACCUGCUGUUCAGUGUCAAUGGCAGUGGUCAUUUCUGCGGCGUGGCAGAGAUGCGUUCACCAGUGGACUAUGGGACCAGUGCUGGUGUGUGGGCACAAGACAAGUGGAAGGGAAAGUUUGACGUGGACUGGUUGUUUGUUAAGGACGUGCCUAAUAGCCAGCUGCGCCACAUCCGCCUGGAGAACAACGACAACAAGCCAGUGACCAACUCCCGUGAUACCCAGGAGGUGCCUCUGGAGAAGGCCAAGCAGGUGCUAAAGAUCAUCGCCACCUACAAACACACCACCUCCAUCUUUGAUGAUUUCUCCCAUUAUGAGAAGAGGCAGGAAGAAGAGGAGGAGGUGCGCAAGACUUUUGAACCUCCUCAGAUACAGAACCGCUCUCGGUUGGAUCAGGAGCGCCAAAACAGGAAUAAACAAUAGAAGACAUUUAUUCUUGGCUUGAUCAACAGUUACACUAGGACUUGAUUUAAGAGACAGAAGAAUAUGAAAAUGCAACCAAGCCCUUCAUUUUUUUUUUUUUCUAUUUAAUCCUGGUGAAUCUCUGCCAUUGUCGAGACUUGUGCUUUUUUUGCCCCAUGUACCACCACUUCUUGUGCAGGGAUAACAAGCUGAUUUAAUGUAUUACCUAGUCGCCUCCACACUCUUCAAUUGAGUUUUUUUUUUUUUUUUUUUUUAAUAUAUUUUUCCCGUUCCAUAACGUACUCUUCUCUCAUCAGACUGGUUUUUCUCUCUCUUGCUCCAACCCCCUCCUCUCUACAAUUAAAUCAGGGUUUGACUGCACCAUGGAGAAAAAAAAAUCUGCCACUUUAUAUUUCAGUACAAUCAGGAACGGAUGUGUCCUGCCCCUUUUUGUCCAGUUGGGGGCAACAUUGCCAUGCUUCAGAGGCGUAACUGUGCCAACAGGGUUGGAGGAUCCCAAAGGCAAUGUCGGACUUGGAACUGUGCGAUAAUAAAACUUCAAUGGUUUAUCUAUUUUUCAUUCAAAUCGACAAAAUCUCUAUUUUUUGGCUUACUACUGACAAUUUUCAUUUCAGAAAACCUUUUUUUCUGGAGCCUUAAUGUUUUUUUUUUUUCUAAUUAUUGAUGACUUCUCAAAAGAACUGCUCAAACAGUGACACUGCUGGAGAAAUCAGGGAUAGUGUGAAGUCACACGGGACUUGAGACAUUUCAGAGGAGGAAUUGCAAAGGCCUCUGGGAAAGAAAUAACGGAUGUGUCCUCCACGGCCAGAACUCUCACCAUUUAAAUCAAAAAUUGUACUAUCGACAUCUUUCACACCCCUAUGCUUUUGCUUUCUUUUGGUGUUUGUCUUGAAUGCGGUCUUUUGUACGUUUCAUCAGGAGAUUCUACUUGUGCACACAACCCAGUCUGAGAGAAUUGUCGCAUCCACCAUUUUAAAUUGCUUCAUCAAAAUUAUGUAACGAUGUAACUGCUACAUUGAAUGAAUUGUCGCUAUUGCAUUUUUGUUCCUCGAAAAAAAAGGGGGAGGGUUCACAUUUUGUCCAUUCACCGUCAUUCUGUCUUAAUCCUCAGUUUUUUUGUGUUUUAUUUUUCCCCCCCUUGAAUUUGGUUUUGCUAAGUCUAUCAUGUUGGUCGUAAUGCUAAGCUUUAACGUAGGAGCCUAUAUAUUCAUGGAGAAAGCCUAAAAAUGUAUAACCUAAAAAUUAAUGUAACUGAUUUACUAUCGAGUAAGAAAAAAAAUAAGAAUGAAAUGUGGUUUCUGUGUGUUUUUUGUUUCAGUUGUUUCAACUAUAAUUUGUUUUAGACUGAUUCUAUUGAUAAACUAUUUCUGAAGUAUGUUAACGGGGGGGAAAAAAAAGAAAUGAAAAAGAUUGGAUAUUAAAAACAAUGUCAUUAA